CUUUGAAUGUACCAUAUGUGCGUAAACAGAGAGGUAUCAUGAGCUGAAUUCGAUUUUUACGAGUUGACACUUCAGAAUGGGCAAAAAAGAAUCAGGUGCGGUUAAAGAGCAGCGAAAGAUUCUCUUCCAAGCAGCACAGAAUGGAAGUUUGGACUGCCUACCUCGAGGAUUACUGAUCCGAAAUAUAACGAAGUGGUCGGCAUAUACACCAGAACAAGCGCAGGCAACGUGGGACAGCCGAACUUUAGUGCAACCGGCAUCUUUGGAUAGCGUGCUGCAUGUCGCUGCACGUAAUGGCAACGUUAACGUCAUCCGCUUUUUCUUGGAAUAUCUCAAGUUAGAUUAUCUGCUGACUUCAACUAAUCAGGACGGUAAAUGCGCACUUCACGAAGCCGUCCAAGCUCUUCAAUGCGAAGUUUCUCAAUACCUAAUUGAUCGUGGAACGCCAGUGGAUGUUCUUAAAAGAGCUGAUUGGACUCCACUGAUGUUGGCGUGUACCCGAUCUAAUAACGUUUCCAUGGUUAAGCUUCUUUUACAAAAUGGAGCCAGAACAGAUCUAAGAAACAAGGAUGGCUGGACGCCGUUUCAUAUUUGUACAAGGAAAGGAAAUUUAGAGUCGCUGAAGAUCCUGUUAGCACACGAUCCAUUCCUUUUGAACACCAAGAGUUAUAACGGAAGAACACCGCUGCACACAGCUGCCAUACACGGCCAUUCAGAAAUUGUAAGGUUCAUCGUGUCGGCCUGUCGACUGAACGGCCAACUAGUGAACGCACAGGAUUCAUGUGGAAGUACACCUCUUAUGGAUGCAGCUCGUUUCAACUCGGUCGAGUGCUGUGACAUUCUUAUCGGGCAUGGUGCAGCCAUUGAUAAACGAGACGGAGUCGGACGAAAUGCAUUCCAUAUCGCUGCUCAGGCAGGAUCUACUGAAGUCAUCCGAUAUUUCCUCGGCGUAAUGGGUGCUUCAGUUAAGAAGACAAAUUCGAUAGAAUCAAGGCUAGACAACUACAAAGCCUCGACUAAAAAUACACGCAAUGGAAAUGAUGUCCAUGUAAAUACCGUACAUUGGAGAACAGAUAACGGACAAACAGUACUACACCUUGCAGCACGGGAGGGCCACGUUGACACUGUAAAAUAUUUGCUGUCCAUUGGAGCGAAUAUCGAAGUAAAAGAUUGCGAGAAUUAUACAGCCAUGGAUAUCGCUAGAAGAUACAAAAAUGAUCAAAUUCUCGAAACCUUAAAUGAGCACCGUGAUAAAACCCUUAAAUAAAAAUUGGAUACUUGUUAGCC